AUGGAUCACCCAAAUCCCCCACACUCCUCCAAGUCUAUACACACUUCAGAUUCGCCGCACCACCGCGCCACUCCCACCUCUAACCGUUUCCUCAGCUCUCAACUUCUGAGGGAGAGAGAAGGAAAGGGUGAAGGGGAAAAGGAGGAUCCGAGUUCCACACGAAAGGUUCUGAAAGCUGACCGCGAGAAACUUAGAAGGGAUCGACUCAACGAACACUUCCAAGAGCUGGGAAACGCGUUAGGUGAAGGUAGAAACAGUGUCAAUGAUGUCGGUUGUUGUAACAGUAGUUGUAGUAAUGGCAGUGAAGACGAUGGUAGUAGAGAUAGUGGUUGUUGUGACGGUGUUGGUGAUGGUGGUGAUCCUGAUAGACCUAAGAAUGACAAGGCAACUAUACUUACUGAGACUGUCCAAAUGCUAAAGGACUUAACUGCUGAAGUUAAUAGGCUUAAAACUGAACAUAAAGCGCUUUCUGAAGAGUCAAACGAACUAAUGCAGGAAAAAAAUGAACUUAGAGAAGAGAAGUCAUCUCUAAAAUCCGAUAUAGAAAAUCUCAAUGCUCAGUAUCAGCAGAGAGUGAGAAUCAUGUUCCCAUCAUGGACUGCAAUUGACCACUCUGUUGUCAUUAGUCCACCUUACUCAUAUCCACUUCCUAUACCUAUCCCUCCUGCUCCAAUUUCCAUCCACCCAUCUCUUCAACCUUUUCCUUUCUUUGGAAAUCAAAACCCUGGUCACAUUCCUAAUCCUUGUUCAAUGUAUGUCCCUUAUUCUACUCCACCUAAUGCCCCACUUGAGCCACCAUCUGCUCUGUAUGCUUCCACGUCCCACGCAUCGAACCAAAAGGAAUCUUGUUGCAAGUCAUCAGGUGAUAGAAGGCCUAGUAGUGAUGCCGACAGAUGUAGCGAGUCUCACGAUGUGGCCACAGAACUUGAACUCAAGAUGCCUGGAUCAUCAUCAACACAACAGGAUUGCACUUCUGGAGAAAGGAAGGGCAAGCAUUCAGUGAUAAAGAAUAGAACCAUCAUAGGUGGGAGUGCUUCAAGCCAGUAUUCUUCGUCUCAAGGACUUCAAGAUAGCUCCAACAGUGUGGGGUGA